AUGGCUCCUCUUACCACUCGUCUGGUGGUAUUGUGCCUCCUCGUCUUCCCAUUCAUCGCUGCUGCUGCUCCUUAUCCCGUGCCCGCCACACCAGUCACUCCAGCUGCCCCUGCUCAACUCCAACCGCGUCAAGCACCAGCAGCUUCCAAACGGAUGGGUAAACGGAAAGUGAAAAAGUCUGCACCCAUGGCCAAGAAGGAUUAUUCAUCUUUCCUCUGUCCAGGUGGAUCCGUUGCUUGCCCAGUUCACGUCGGCGACAUUACACCUGCCACAGUCACCUCGCUACAAUCGAGUUUAGAUACGUUGGCAGACUGGUUCAAAGUUGGAUUCGAGUGUAUGGAGCUGGAUACAGAGCUGAAUUCGUGUGGAGGAUGUUUAGCAUUGGGUCAGGGGCAAGACUGCUCCCUGAUAGAAAAUGCCAAAGCCACUGGAUGCGAGGAUGGACACUGUCAAGUGUACUCUUGCUUCGACGGAUAUGUGGUAGCUUCCGACCGCCAGAGUUGUGUCAAAAGGGGUACAGCAACACCAGCGACACCAGUGACGGCCAUCGGGAUGGAUGAACAGCUCGUGCUCAGGUGA